GCGUGUCCACGCACGGUGAACGCUAGCACUCGUUUGCUAGACGGCCGGCUAGCAAAACGAGUCGAUUUCUCCUGGUGCGCGAUAUUGUGGUUAGAGGUGGAGGAGGCGUAACUCUUUGAAAAACUCGAGGGUGCAUCGUAGAAGGAAUUGGUAGAACGGGGGACCCUGCAGUAGCUGCAAGUGCAACGACGGCGGCAACGACCAACGACGACGGCGGUGGCGGCGGCGGCGGCGGCGGCAUUGUCCUGCUUGUUUUGUUGUCUCUCGCGGAACGCACAGGUGGAAAAGAGAAGAGGCGAUCGCGUUAUCGAGGAAUCGAAGAGUGACGGAGGAGAGCGAGACGGUGUGUACGCCUCGAAUAGAGAAGAUAUUGGUGUUGUGUGCCAUGCACGAAUGCCCAUAGGUGUAUCGUAAAAGAACGGAACGGCAAACGUCGUGCAAAAGGGGAAAGGAGAGAGGUGCAGACAUAGAGAAGAUUCUCUCGAGACAAUCGCGGUGUGACGAAAGAGGAAGACAGGAAGGGUAGAAUAUAAAAGAGACGCUUGAAAGAAAAAAGAACGGUGAGAAAAGGAGAUAGAAAUAAAGAAGAACGAAACGUAGUCCAGACUGUGUACAGGACACGAGGAAGAGAAGGAACGAGAGAGAGAACGAGGGAGCGUGAGAGGGAAAGACACACACGAGAAACGUGUUAGAGUGCGUGAUCCAAAAUGGCGCUGAACCAGGACGUGGACCAGUUGUCGAAGAGUAAUCUCGUGGUCAGGAUCGAUCAAAACUCUGAAUCGGAUCUACAGGCUCUCUUCGACAGCGUCCUGAAACCAGACUCUAAGCGUCCACUGCAAGUGCCGCUGCGCAUGCGCAAUCUACCAGAUUCCUUCUUUAAUCCACCGUCGACGGGCAGCAAGAGUCCCUCGAUCUCGCAUUCCCGGGAGAAUUCGGCGGAUUCUGCGUUCGGGACAGUAGCCGCGGUAGCGGCUGCGGCGGUCGCCGGGCCAACACCUGGUGGCAACGGCAGCGGUACACCGGCUACCGGAGCAGCAGGUGCAGCCACCGGCGGCAGUGGGAACAGCGCUGGUAGCGGAUCAAACGCCGCAGGUGCGGCCGCGGCCGUAGUCGCGGCCGCCGCCGCGGCUGGCCUCACCGUCGCUCAUCCUCGCGCCCACAGCAGCCCGGCCUCUCUUCAGCAGACCUACGCCUCGGCACAGCAGGCGCCUCAGCACGCGCCCCAGCCGCACGCGCGUCACCACCAUCACCAGAAGCAACGCAGCUACGACGUCAUCAGUACGGUCGACGACCUGGGUCCCCUGCCCCAUGGAUGGGAACAGGCGCGCACCCCUGAGGGACAGAUCUACUUCCUUAACCACCUGACGCGGACCACGACAUGGGAGGAUCCUCGGAAAACGGCAGCGGCUGCGAACGUGGCGGCCGUCGCCGCCGCCGUCGACAACGGGAAAUCCACGACCGGCGCGACCAAUUCUCUAGGCCCAUUACCUGACGGAUGGGAACAAGCGCGUACCCCCGAAGGAGAAAUCUAUUUCAUCAAUCAUCAGACACGUACCACCUCGUGGUUCGAUCCAAGAAUUCCAACACAUCUUCAAAGAGCUCCAACCUCUGGUGCGAUGUUACCACAAAAUUGGCUUCAGCAGCAGCAACCCACUGGUGGCGGUAUACAGAAUAAUCAAACGUUGCAAGCGUGUCAGCAGAAACUUCGUCUUCAGUCGUUACAGAUGGAACGUGAGCGUCUCAAGCAACGGCAACAGGAAAUUAUGCGCCAGCAAGAGCUAAUGCUACGACAGAGUACCACCGACGCCGCUAUGGAUCCGUUUUUAUCGGGAAUCAACGAACAACACGCACGCCAGGAGAGCGCGGACAGCGGUCUGGGACUUGGUUCUGCCUACUCUCUUCCUCACACGCCGGAAGAUUUUCUUGCGAACAUCGAUGAUAACAUGGACGGCACAAGCGACGGGGGUGCACCUAUGGAGACCCCAGAUCUGUCAACACUGAGCGAUAAUAUAGAUUCGACGGACGACCUUGUCCCAUCGUUACAGUUGAGCGAGGAUUUUAGUAGUGAUAUACUGGACGACGUGCAAUCGUUAAUAAAUCCCAAUACGACAAAAGCUGGGAACGUGCUGACGUGGCUGUAGUAUGAGGGCGUGGCAUUUGUCUAUGAUAGGCAAACAAUUUAAGAAAUCAACUCGUUGAAUAGAAACAAAAAAUUACAAUUUUCAUAAGCCUAAACUGAAUGGAAUGAUUCUGGGGUAUUUUACCAAUAAGUAACGACAAUUCCAUAAAGCAAAAAGAAAAUAAUGCUCGUGAACGAGAAAAAUUUUAUAAAGUUUAAGUGGGACGAAGCCUUAAUUAGAACGCGCUAUGCUCAACGUAUAUACAGAGAUGUGUGUACAAGAAACAUUCGCAGGAUGUCCUACAAAUAUUGACACCGAAUCGCUGAAUUGUAUUUUUAUCGAAUUCUGCGUUCUGCAUUACAUUAUUCGCGAGCUGGUGAAAAAAAAUGGUGAAUCUUGAAGCCCUGAGCGUCUAGUGUUCAUGGCUAGCUUGUCCAGUCUUCCCGAAAAUAUUGUUGAGAGUUUUGAGCAGGCCGUUAUUAUAUAUUGUUGAGGCUUCUUGAGAAACCGUCCCUUGUUCACCAUUGUACUUCCUUUUUUACCAUCCUUGAUAUGCAGUAAUUUGAAUUCGAUAAGGAAACCAAUCUGCAGUGUUGUCUGCAAUUUUUAGGACAUCUUGUAUGUAAAUGAGAAACAUAUUCGGAUCUUUCUCUUCCUCUCUUAUUAUUAGAGUGUUUGAGUGUGUUCGUAUGUUCGUAUGCGUGCAUGAGUGCAUUUUGUCCCCAAAACAUUUUUGUAUAUAAGUUUGUAUUUCUAUACUAAAGUAUCAUAGAGAGAGAGUGCGAGAGCGAGAGAGAGGACUGAAUAUUGCGGGUAAAAUAAAUAUUUAAUGAAGUGUGCCCCAUCGGGCAUGGAGAUGGAGAACGCGAUUACGGAAGAAAGAUUAUUACUUCCCGAUAGUACGGAGUAGACAAGUAAAUUGUUGUUUAAUUAUAUUUAUAUCAUGUUGAUUUACAAGAGUAAUCUGAUAUCAUGACAUAUCAGAUUUAUUAUUAUCGAUCAUAGAUCUCGCGUGUGAUUUAAAUUUACAUAUUAAAAAAGAAGUGGAGAAACACCAUACCUGACACGUUCACAAUGUUUCAACGGCGUUGAAAAAUCGUGAACGAAAGCGCGAAUAAUAAGUGCAAUUCUUAGGGAACCGCUGCGCGUAGAGCAAGAAUUAUCAAGAAAAGGGGUAUGAUGUUCGAUAAUACGAUAUUUUAUUCGAUAUUCAGUCAGAGCGGUGAUCUUCACGCGAUGUUUACGGAAGCGAAACGCCUAACGUCUAAAAGUAUCGAAGCAUUUUUAACACACGAACACUUGUCUAUAUACUUGAGAGUUGGCAUACGGAGCAAAUCGUGUUACGUGUAUGAUUCAAGAUUCGAAACAGAUUUCUGCGAAUCGUGUGUCCAAAGUCACACGUACAUAAAAUACGCAUGCACUGCAAUUGAUUGUCGAUAAUGCUCAGACUAUUUUACGAAGCGAUUAUGCUUAAACGAAGUGCCUUUUCUUUGCAAUCGAUUAGAAACGACGAUAGUGAUUGAAGUCGUCGUCUUUUUAAAGCAAUAACCGUCCAUACGAGAUGUUUAUGUGAACAUGUGGUAAUUGUUAAAAUAGGACAAACACUUCGAUGAGAGGGGUGACAUAAAAUGAAUAUAUAUAUUUUUUUUAUAUAUAAAGUCUAUACUUGUUACGAAUUGCAGUUAUUGGUAUUUUGAAAUCACUUGUUAGAUUGUAAAAUUCUCUUACGUUUUAUACUACAUAUACAGUUAUAUAAUGGAGAUUACAAAAGGAGAGUAUAUGAUAUUUAUAGAAUUUAUCUUUUAAAUAUCUCUUUAGCCUUAAGGAUUCUUCGCGUUCCUCUUUCCCGUAUUUUCCUUCUUUUUUGCUUGUGGGAACGAGGAAACGACGAAAGAGAACAAGAGGCCGUUAAUCUUGUACUUUGUCUGUUUCUCGUGAAACAAUCUGUAGAACAAUCUCGUUAACAAUCAAAGCGAAUCAGUAAAACGGAGACAAUAUGCGUAAAUGUAUAUUUAGUUACAUGGCAGCGUAUAAGUGUAUACAUAUGUACGUCGUAAAGAAAAAGAAAAAGGAAGAAAGGAUAGAAUGAGAAAAAAUCGGGGAUUGACGUAACAAUUGUUUGUUAGUCCGAAAUAAUGCGGCGAUAACUUUGAUAAAACAUUGUGCCUCAGUGAUAACGAUCACGCACUUAAUAAUUUUAUUUCACCGGCCUACUUCUUUCUAUAGGUAAAGCGAUCAGAGUAUAGGAAAAUUUUAUUUUAACUUUCAAAAUGCAAUAAAUUGUUUUGUUGAAGUCGAUCUGUUUUUUGAUCAUUGUUAUCGAAUCGUCGCUGUUACGUCUACUGACCGAGGAUCAUGCAAUAAAUUUAAGAAAAAGAUAGGAAGAACUGAUCAAAAUAUGUGAAAAAUUGGGAUAUAAGCUCUCUUGUCUUUUCCCACAGCAAGGAAAAGUUCCGGAGACGCGAAUCAGACUUUUGCAAGUCGUUACUCGCACGUUUGACUUCAUCGUUCAACUAUUACGACGCUCAUGCUGUGCGAGUAGCGCGAGUAUUCGACACCUCUUUCUUCUUAUUUUUUAACGAACCUAAUAAAAUGAUCAUGUAAUAUUUUUUCGAUAUUUGUGUUACUGUCUGUAUUAUUCGACUGAAACUUGGGAAGCGAUCGCUGUACAGUAGUUAUGUGUAUCAACACGAAACGUGAUAGACCCGAUUUUUGAGCAGACGUUUAUAAAUAAAAAAUUUAUCACCCACGUAGAAACAUGAAAGUCUGGGUUCGCGUUUAACAAUUAAAAAUAUUACAUAUUGUGUUCACAGUUCAUAAACUAUUUUUUAUUUCAUUUAUUGGCGUCCAUCAUGUUUCUUGUACAAAAUGUGUUAUUCGAUCGUAACGUGAAGCUUGCAAGCGAAAAUGCGAAAAGGGCGAUUCAGGAAAAGUUACCAUCGAUUAACGGGGAUCAAGAGAUCGAUUGUGUUACACUCGAUGCGAUAGCUUCCAGGCGUGUCAGGUCAGAUACAUUUAAUGUAUUAUUUUUAAUUACUAGUUAACGAUAAUAUUAAUAUUACCAAUACCGUAUCUUGCUUUUAGUCUAAAACUCAAUUUAGUUGUUACGUUGAUGGGCGGGGAGGGAGGGGUGGGACGGGGAUUUCAAAAGGGGUAUCGCGACGGAGUGAUGACCUCUUGUAAAAGUGCCUUCGAUUUUACAAUGCGGCCUACGAAAAAAUUGUUGUCUUAUUGAAAAAAAAUGUGAAAUGUUUCAUUGUUAAUGACCAGUCUAACAACGGAAACAGAAAAAGGAAAACAAGUUUUUUCAGACACCCCUUAGGCGCAUUCAUAAUAUCUGAGAUUAUAAACUACGAGAAGCAAUUAGUUGUUUAAUAUCAGUAUUUAAAUAUGCUCAUUGGCAAUAAUUUGUGACGUACAUUUUUAUAUCGGUAACAAGUGCCUUAGUAAUAACGAUAAUGAUAAAUAUAUUGUUUACUUACGUACUGACAAA